AACAUCCUCAUUGCCAUUUGUAUAUUUUGAAUUUUCUUUUUUCUUCCGGCCAUACCAACGACUUGUGAAAGUGGUGAUUGCUUGCUUUGGAGCUUUAAUUUGAAUUAAGAGAGAGAGAGAGACUAGAGAGUGGGAGUCAUUCCUAGUCAGAGAAAGGGGAAAGCAAGAACGAACGGACGGGAAGAAAGGGAUAACAUAAGCAGCCAUUCAAUUGAAGAAACAUCCAGCUUCGUUGCUUCAAUUGCAUUGCAUUGUUGCUAGGAAAAUCGAAAGAGAUCCAGUUGUAGCAGAGAGAGCAGCGACUUUAUUGAUAGCAUUCCCUUCAAUUUCCAGCAGUCGGUGGACAAAAGAGGUUUGCGCCGGGGAUUCAAUCUCACACUUCUUUACUCCGCCGGCAUUGACUGAUCGAGACCCUAAUCGACCCGACCCGUUGAAGGAGGAUUUGAGAGAGAGAGUGAGCGAAAGAGUUGGAGAUACCGGGGCGGAUUAUGAACGGUAUGGGACGGCAGGGACAGAGAUCUGGAGCAGGAACGACGGCCACUGUACACCAUCAGAGACAGCACUCCGAUAACUUCGUGGACACCUCAUCCAAUGGCCGAUGGCUUCAGUCUGCUGGCCUUCAGCACCUUCAGAACUUCUCCUCUAAUGGAGCUUCUUCUAUUCCUCCCCUUCAGGAUUACAAUUUCUAUGGUGGCGGGGGAGGACUGGGGCAGGGGAUGAGGAUGUAUCGGAAUGCACAAAGGGGGUUUAACGGCGGAGCUGAGUUGUAUACUGAACCGUCAACACCUCCAGUCAGUUCAAGGCAAACGGGCGAGAGGAAGAGCGGGGAAGAGUCUCCAACUGAGUUCAGUCCUGGGCUGUUGGAUCUUCACUCAUUUGAUACUGAGUUACUUCCUGAGUUGCCAGUUUCCAACAUGUACGACGGAUCUUCUCUGUUUCAACCUGGUCGAGGAAGAAGCUUUGAUGACACUGAGCCUUAUGUUGCAAGCAAGUUGGCUGCCAGAGCUCCUGCUGUACCAGAAAACAAUGUCCUGAAAAGUUUUGCAGCAGACAAGGAGAAGACCAGUUCUGUUGCAAAGAUAAAAGUGGUGGUCCGUAAGAGACCAUUGAACAAGAAGGAGCUCGCAAAAAAUGAAGAGGAUAUUAUUGACACACACAACAAUUCUCUAACAGUCCAUGAGACUAAACUCAAGGUUGAUCUAACUGAAUAUGUUGAGAAGCAUGAAUUUGUCUUUGAUGCCGUAUUAGACGAGGAGGUCUCAAAUGACGAGGUGUAUCAUGAGACAGUGGAACCCAUUGUCCCGAUAAUUUUUCAACGCACUAAAGCAACUUGCUUUGCAUAUGGUCAAACAGGAAGUGGGAAAACUUAUACUAUGAAGCCCUUGCCUCUCAGAGCGUCACGAGAUAUCUUGAGGUUAAUGCAACAUACGUACAGAAAUCAAGGGUUUCAGCUGUUGUUCAGCUUCUUUGAAAUAUAUGGAGGAAAGCUAUACGAUCUCCUCAGUGACAGGAAGAAAUUGUGCAUGCGGGAGGAUGGUAAGCAGCAAGUUUGCAUUGUGGGUUUGCAAGAGUACAGAGUUUCAGAUGUAAAGAUGAUAGAAGAACUUAUUGAGAGAGGAAAUGCCACAAGAAGUACUGGCACAACUGGCGCAAAUGAGGAAUCCUCUCGUUCACAUGCCAUACUACAGCUUGCUGUAAAGAGGACCGUUGAAGGAAAUGAAACAAAGCCACCACGUCUGGUUGGGAAGCUCUCCUUCAUAGAUCUUGCUGGAAGUGAACGUGGUGCAGAUACUACAGAUAAUGAUAAACAGACGAGGAUGGAGGGUGCAGAGAUCAACAAGAGUUUGCUUGCACUAAAGGAGUGUAUAAGGGCUCUCGACAAUGACAAGAGUCAUAUUCCUUUUAGAGGCAGUAAAUUAACUGAGGUUCUAAGGGACUCCUUUGUCGGCAACUCUCGCACUGUCAUGAUAUCAUGCAUUUCACCAAGCUCGGGCUCAUGUGAGCAUACGCUCAACACAUUGAGAUAUGCCGACAGAGUCAAGAGCCUUUCUAAAGGGAACACUUCCAAGAAAGAUGCACUAUCUUCAACCUUAAACUUGAAGGAGUCGAUUGCUUUGCCCCUGUCAUCAGUUUUGCCUGUUGGCUCGCCAUUGGAUGACGAUGUAACCGAUGCAUGGGCUGAGCAAGAUGAAGGAGAUGAUUUCGAGGAUGCAGAGGAGUAUGAACUGGAGAAACCAGCGAGGAGAGAGAAUGGAAAGCUAGUAGCAGCUUACAAUCCUCCGCCUAUCGCAGAGGACAAGUUUCGGAAACCCAAUGGUCAGACUAAAUUCAGCAAUCUACCAAAACCCACAAAUAUCAAGAAGUCAGAAUCAGAUGAUGAUUUAAGCUCCUUGCUAAAGGAAGAGGAAGAUCUUGUCAGCGCUCACAGGAAGCAGGUGGAGGAUACCAUGAAAAUUGUUAAAGAGGAGAUGAAUCUGUUGGUAGAAGCAGACCAGCCAGGGAAUCAACUAGACGAUUAUAUCACUAGGUUGAACGCCAUUCUUUCCCAGAAGGCUGCUGGUAUACUGCAGCUUCAAAAUCGGUUGGCACAUUUCCAGAAGCGCUUAAGGGAUCACAAUGUGUUGGUGUCUUCCUCCGGUUAUUAAGGAGAGGGACAGAAUCUUCGUUAAGAAGAUAUUCCUAUUUUCCAGGUGAUCAAGGAAUAGAUCGAGUUCGAGUUCAUCUUGGGCAUUUCGGAGAUCCUUGUCCUGAGCUCCUGUGUCUCGAAUCAACCUAUCUUUCGUGGCAUCUUAAAAUUACUGUUACUUACUACUACUGCUACUGGCUUUGGCACCUUUUUUUCUUCAUUUGAUAUAAUUGUUCAUGCUAUUCUGCCUCCGACGCUAAAUGAUAAUAGAGAGGCCUAGAGCAAGGCAUUCAGGAAUCUUCUUCCCAGUGCCUCGAAUCUGGGCCUAGCAUUUCUAAAGUUGUGAAAACGCUGAACUUCUGUGACGUGAUGAUUCUUUAAUCGACAAAUAGAAACGCCUAUUUUCUGCAGCUAAACUUCAGAUAAUGUAUUCACACAUCAGGU